AUGGCGUCUAGCCUGCCAGGUGCGCGGGCCGCCAGGCGGUCCGGUGCAGGCACGCCCGAGGACCCAGGCUUUGACUUGAAUGACUUUAUGGAGCUGGUGCUGCGUCGAGACAACACGUCACAGACAUGCUGGCACUGUGAUUUGGGCCAGGAUCAUCGCCAGUGCGAGUGCGUGGAUGUUGCCCUUCCCGCGGCUGAUGCCCCUUCCUCUUGGAUUGCUCUCCGUGAUGGAGCCGGGACCAUCCUUGCCGUCGCCGCAGUUGAGGCACUCGACAUUGGGAGUCGUGUGGCGUCGGGGGCUGUCACUACCCUGACCAACGCCUCACUCGGAGCGGUGGUGGGUGGUAUUCGCGGUGCACUGGCGGGCAUGGUUAUCGGUGCCUUUUGGACAAGCGUGUCCCUCUUGAGUUAUGCUGGAAAAACACUAUUCGUCGCAAGCUCGGCUGCCGUUCGCGCCCUCCGGCAUGAUCCGAACGGUCUGGCAGGCAUUGAGCUAGCUGAAGGCACUUGCGUGUCCUCCCGCCACGCGGGAACCCGGGCCUCCUUGCGCGAUGCCGCCGUGCAGACGACCGAGUCCAACGUCGCAACGUCUCGUGCACGCGUCCCGUAUCUCGAGCUGGAUCCUACAAUGUUGACUUCGGUCGUCGACGACCUUCCCUCCUCCAUCUCUCCAGCUCUGGCUCCCGUGACUGCGCCGCAGCGGUCCAAGCCGUCUCCAAUGACUGCGGGCCAACGCAGAGCCGCGCUUAGCACCACGGCCGCGCCCAUGCAUUUUGAUUCCAUUGCCACGGUUGCGCUCGUCCCGUUUUUCCUGAGCUCGAGCGCCAGCGCGGCCACGCCCACCGCGGCCGCGGCCACCGUGUCCACGCCCGCGCGAGUGUGCCUUCCCACCCGUGGCAGAGUCCUUGGAGAACGGCACUGGCGAUGUAGCACCAGGGAGCCGGCGAGCCGGGAAAACAUCAAGAUCCACACGGUAGUCGUAACUGAGGUUAAGGGCCUGGACCUCCUCAAUCGGAGGCAGCGUCAAGUCUGCCGGUGCCACCGCGAACGGUGCCGCUGGCAUGCACACCACCUAGGCCCAGUGGUCGAUUCAACAGCCCGUCAGGCACGAAGGCUAAACGCAAUGCUGGCGAUUGGUCUACAAGCACUGAGUCAACCAUGCUUACCUCGGCGGGGGCUUGCCACACCUUGCCAGGCGGUGCCUGCGUGGGUGCACCCUCGAGUUCUGAGAUAG